AUGACAUCCUCAACAGCAGCAACUGACAACCGAAUGCAUAGAGGAACUUACAUGGUGGAAGAACAACUUAAUCUAUUAGAACGGCAAGAGUAUUCUUCCUCAAACACCUCAACAAACGGUCUAUGUCGACGCCAGCAACAGUGGAUGGGGCUGCAGCAUACAGCACAACAACAACAACAACAAACAAACCGCAUUUGGUCAUUGGACUCAUCAAAAAGCACAAAUGUCGACCAAUUGGAGAGAACUCAAAGCAGCAUUUCUUGCACUGAAAACCUUUCCGGAUCUUCACAGCAUGCGGAUCCUGAUUGUAAUAAAUUGGUAGUGUGA